AUGUACGGCAAGUUCAUCUUGACGUCUGUUGACGACUUUAUACGCAACUUUGUCGCCGAGCCGAGCAAUGCCAUACCUCGACCUGAUCCUGCCCUCUGGUUGGCCGCAUUCACGGGCAUGCCCCGCAACAACACUAAGGAGAACGCAUUUUAUGCUCCCCUCGCCAAUUGUGUGAAUGGCAGAAACUUAUGUCCGGGCUACACGCUCAAGCUCGUUUAUGAUAGGCCUGACCUUGACGACCCAAGCAAGCAGAAAGUGGAUGCGGCAUUGUUCAGCGACUCGGAUGUCCUAGACGAUGGGAGGCCCCAAUGGCCGGUACAGGAAAUGUGGUAA